AAUAAUUUUGUUUUGAUUUUGAUCUCGUUAGCAGGUAUGGAACAAAGCGAAAAAAGACUUAAAACGGAAAUAAUCGACGAAGACUUCAUUGUACCUGAUCAUGGUCGCGGCUAUAAUGUAGGCAACAUUAAAAUGGAACCGAUUGCGGGCGAGGACGAAAAUGAUGAUCCUUUGUCCUACAAUGACUGCGAUAUUGGUCCGGUUAAGAAUCAAUUUUUUGUGACCAAUGAGGCGAUAAACACGCUCAACGAAGGAAUCAACGAAAUGACGCAGCCACAAAACAAGUUGACGAAAGGUAAGAGGUGCACAGGCUACUUAGGAAGCAAAAAUUGUUUCCCCUUUCGUAGUCUUAUUAUUGGGCAAUAUGGACAAUUCGGACUUAACUGCAUUGUUAUUAUGUUAACUUCAAAUCAGAGAGCCAUCAGGGCUGUCAAGGAUUGAAGUUCGGUUUUUGCUUAAGUUUUCAUAUUCUAAAAGUUCUUAUAGAGAGUAUCCAACGCUUAGACCAUGCCCGAUUUUCUUUUUCUUUGUAAAUUAGUCUCAGUUGUAAUGAACCUUUGUAAACGCUCGUCCUUAUGUUGGGUCAGAGCACGAUAUCAAAUAGCUGCCAUAAGCAAGAUUGGUUGAUAAUAAGGGAAAAUCGGAAAAAUGUUCUGUUCAAUCAAACAAAGUAAUAACUAGCCUCAGGAUUGUAGUUUAUAUAUGACGAUCCCAUCGAAUAACAACAAAGUAAACAAGGCUUGAGACUUGGCGAAUACCAGCUGGCAGUAUUAUUCAAUUCCAUCCCCAUAUAGAAAACAUUUUUGCAAGGAACACAAAAUUGUUAAAAGUCGUUUAAAUUUUCUUUGUUGUUGAAAUUCUUUUAUAUUGUUUUCAAAAUUAAAGUGAAAGUGAAAUAAAAAUUAAGAGAAUGUGAAAUA